AAGGGGAAGGACUUAGUUUACCAAAAGAAUUCUAAAUCAAAAGUAAUUGCAGUGUGUAGAGAGAAAGAAUUGUAAAUAUAGGGUUUAUGGAAGACAGUUGAAGGGUGAGGCCACAUUCAUGUUGAUUUCACUUAGGCCCAAACAUACAUGUGCUCGGAAAUACAAGAAUCAUUUGAUUACUUCCAAGUGGAUUGCUGAGUGGUGCUUGGACAGUUUUAGAGAUCAACCGAACAUGCCUGUAGAAGUCCUGAAGAAGAAGGUGAAGAAGAAAUGGAAUGUUGAGAUCCAUCCUAGUACCCUAUAUAGGGCUAGGAAGAGGGCACAAGAGGUGAUUUAUGGGAAGUUGGGUGAGCAGUACCAUCGUCUAUGGGACUAUUGCGCGACAAUCAGAAGCACAAAUGUGGGGAGUUGUGUUAUUUUGAUGGUUGAGAGACCUAUGCCCGAAAUGCCAUGUAGAUUCCAAAGGAUGUACAUAUCCUUGGCAGCAAUGAAAAAUGGCUUCAAGGAUGGGUGUAGGCCUGUGAUAGGCCUUGGUGCGUGUUUCUUGAAGGGGGUUUACAAGGGGCAGUUAAUGGCAGCUAUUGGAAGGGAUGCCAAUAAUAACAUGUAUCCAAUAUCCAUGGCAGUUGUAGAGGCAGAGACCAAGGAUAGCUGGUCAUGGUUUCUUGAGGCACUAUUGGCUGAUCUUCGCCCCAGUGGUGUACGUAGAUGGACUUUUAUUUCAGAUAGACAAAAGGGUCUUGUACCAAGUCUUAUGGAGGUGUGCCCUAACGCUGAGCAUCGGAUAUGUGUGCGGCACUUGUACACCAAUUUUCGGAACGACGGUCACUGGGGGGUGUUACUAAAGGACUUGCUGUGGAGAGCUGCUGCAUCUUACACACAGAAUGAGUUCUAUGCUGUAAUGGAAGAGCUUAAGGGCCUUAAUCUGCCAGCCUAUGAGUACCUUUCGAAGGUUGACCCUGCAACUUGGUGUAGGGGAUGGUUCAACACAUAUGCAAAGUGUGACCUCUUACACAACAAUUUGGCCGAGUGCUUCAAUUCUUGGAUCAUCAAGUUCAGAGAUAAGACCAUACUGGUAAUGUUGGAAGGCAUUAGGACAAGUUUGAUGAGAAGGUACCAGCGGAAAAGAGAAAUUAUAGCUGCGAUGGAAGGCAAUGUUGGGCCAAAAAUUAAGGAGAAGUUGGAGAUAGAAGAAGAUGAGGCCGGACAUUGCACACCAACAUUUGCUGGUGAUGGUUUAUUUGAGGUCGAGUGCAGGGGUAGAAGGUAUGCUGUGAAUUUACCUGCCAAGACAUGUGGGUGCAGAAAGUGGGAUGUUUCUGGUAUCCCAUGUGCUCAUGCCAUCUCAUCAAUAUGGCAUGGUGGAGGCAACCCUGAGGAUUAUCUGAGCCCAUACUUUGGCAAGGUGAUGUACCUAAAGGCAUACACACCCAUCAUCUACCUUGUACCCAGUGAGGAGCAGUGGGCUAGGACAAAUCAACCCAUCAUUGAACCACCUAAGGCAAGGGCAUCUUCGGGAAGACCUAAAAAACUGAGGAACAGAGGGGCUGAUGAGACCUUAAAUCCCUACACAGUUAGAAAGGGUGGUACGAAGAACCAAUGUAGGAUGUGCAAAAAAUAUGGUCACAAUACUAGAACAUGCACUGCGAGGAUGCGACAUGAUGAAAGACAAGAACGUAGGCGGAAUUUCUAUAGAAAACAUGCAGCAGAUCUUGACUGCAAUCUUGACAGGUUGGAUGGUUCAUCCAAUGCCCCAUCUGUGGCCCAAUCUACUGCAUCAAUGCCAAGUGCCCCAUCCAGUGCCACAUCCAGCGCCCCAUGUGUUGGUAAUCCUACUCACCCAACAGGAAGUAGGGGGCAAAAGAGGAGAAGAGAAGAUGGUUCAAGCAAUGCGUCUGGACAAGGAAUGCACAAGAGCAAAGGAAAACUCCUUGUCUAUCUCACUGGAAACCCUGCUGGACCACCGAAAGUUCCAGGGGGUGGACUAGCAUGCUCAUGGGGUCCUCCCAGAAGUGCAACUGGUAUCACUUUUAGAGUUGCUCCCCCUGAUUUCGACAUGCACAAUUUGGUUGCUGCAUCCACUGUCAUUCCUCAACCAGAAGUACAAGGAGUUGCAAAGAAGAAUGACAAAGGGAAGAAAAAGAUGUGGAGAGUCUGA